CAAAACAGGAGAAUUCUAGGUCCUCUUCUACCCCGUUCCUUCUCCGCUAUCCCCAGCGACUCCCGCCGCCGAUUUGCUCCGGCGAGGUUACAAACUGCAAUACUUCAAAUUAGAAUGGCUCCGGCUCGGAAGCGAACGAAACGAUUUGAAGAAGAGAGUAUGAGCAGCUCGGACGCUGGCGGCGACUCGGAGACCGAGAUGGGGUUUGGUUCGGAUCAGUCUGAGGAUUUUGAUCAGUUUGAUGAUGAUGAUGACGGCGGGAGUGAUCCUGAAAGCAACAGCGACGAAGAAGAUGAAGAUGAGGCGGGGGAGGAUGAAGAGGAAGAGGGAAGUGGUGCUGAGGGUAUUGGGAGGACGAAGGAUGCAGAAAUGGAGGAACUUGAGAAGGAGAUGGAUGAUCUCCGCAAGCAACAAGAUCUCCUGAAUAAUCUAAAGCGUCAUAAGGAUGAAGAUGCUAUUAAAGGUCAAGCUGUGAAGAACCAGAAGGUGCUGUGGGAUAGGACCUUGGAAUUCAGGUUCUUACUGCAGAAACCAUUUUCUAGUUCAAAUAAAUUGCCACAGGAGCCUAUCAAGUCCUCAUUUUGCAGUUCAGAUAAGCUAGUUGAUCAAUCAUACUCUGACCUGAUAUCAUCAUGUAAAGAGACUAUAGACAGUCUGCUGGGACUGCAGGAGGCUCUGCUUGAGAAGAACCCGUCCAUUCUUCAAGGCACAGGGAAUGAUAUUCACAAGGAUGAGGAUCUGUCUCGGGACUUCGGAGAGGCUGAUGAGGAGUGGCUAAGUAUACAUAAAAUGCAUUGUAGAAUAGCGCCAUUUAGAAAUAAUUCAGUAGACAAGUGGCAUAGGAAGACACAGGUAACAACUGGUGCUGCUGCCUUCAAAGGAAAAUUGCAGGCCUUCAAUCAGAACAUUAGUGAACAAGUAGCUGGUUACAUGAGGGAUCCAAGCAGAAUGAUUAAGAGGAUGCAGCUGAGGAGGUCUUCUGUUGGUGUUUUGGGAAAAAUUACUGAGGACUCCGAAAUGAAAAGGGAAGAGGAUGGAGAUGUCAAUGGAGAUCCCGAGCUUGUUGAUGACGUUGAAUUCUACCAGCAACUCCUCAAGGAAUUCUUUGAAUCAUGUGAUCUUUCAUCAUCUGAGACGGCCUUUUAUGCAUUGAAAAAGCUGCAGCCAAAGAAACGAAAGCUAGUUGAUCGUCGUGCAUCAAAAAGUCGGAAGAUAAGGUACCAUGUUCAUGAAAAAAUUGCUAAUUUCAUGGCUCCAAUACGGAUGGAUCUUCCGCCGAUGGCACCGAAGUUAUUUGAGAAUUUAUUUGGACUGGGGAAUCAGAAAACUUCCUCCAUUCCAUAAUCUACUUCUGUGGGCACGUUAUAAAACACAAAAAACCAGCAAUAAGGUAAGCAGUUAUUAUAAACCGGUAUUCAGCAUUUUUGGUUAAUAUUUGAUAGCAGCAGCGAUGGUCAGUAUAUUUCGUUCAGAAACAGAGAGAAAUGGAGGGACAAGGGAGAAAGCUAGGUUGCCCAUCCUCUUGCUUUUCAUUGAAUUUCAGAAUAUAUUAUUGGUGAAAACCUCCUCUCAGCUUCAUUGAAUUCAGAGAUUUUGGGUGGAAGCAAAUCUGAAGCUUAUGAAACGUCUGCAGUGAUCAGUGAGUUUUUAUUGCAACAAAUUUACAAAAUAGAGUUGGAGAAGCUUUUGAUGUUGCACGUAUAAAUGUAAGCGUAAAAUCUACUAAGCAUCAGUUGAUCAUUUAUUAUGACACCUAGGCCCUAGGAAUAUUUUCUUCACGAGAGAUGUAAUUGGAUAUAUCUUUCCUCUUCUAAAAUGUUGACUUAUCAAGAUUUUACCUGAAGUGGUUUACUGUUGCAGUUAAAAUUUGGAGAAUUGGAGAAAUCGUAAAUAAUUUUGGAUUGUGUA